CAAACGCGAUAGAUUUCUCUCGUUCAGGCAGUAUAAGCUGCCUUCUUUUUCGUAUGUGUUCUUGGUUUUCUAAUUUAUAUUUAUAACAGUGUAUUAUUUUCGAAAAUAAUUUGAAAAUCACAUGGUUUGUUAAAUUGCUCUUGUUUUCAAGAUCAAUUGAUAAUCAUUCAAAUGACAUCUCAGAAGAUGUCACAGAAUAAAAUAAUAACAAUUGGUACGCAUGACGGUACAUUCCAUUGUGAUGAAGCUCUUGCAAUUUUUUUGUUGAAACUUUUACCUAGGUAUAAAGAUGGAAUUAUCGUAAGAUCACGUGAUCCUGAUGUUUUAAAUAGUUGUGAUAUUGUUGUAGACGUUGGUGGAAAAUAUGAUCCUUCUACUCAUCGAUAUGAUCAUCAUAUGAGUGAUUUUAAUGAGUCAUUAAGUACAAUUAUACAUGAGGAUGGAUGCAACAGUAAAAUUAAGUUAAGUAGCGCAGGAUUAAUUUAUUGCCAUUUUGGUCAUGAAAUAAUUAAACAAUUGGCUCCUGUAAAUACAAGCGAUGAUAUUAUCAAAAUAAUAUUCAAUUCAGUAUAUUACAAGUUAAUACAAGAAAUUGAUGCUAUAGAUAAUGGAAUACCAAUGUUCGAUCAAGAACCUGUUUAUAAGAUAUUAACAGGAUUAUCUUCGAGAGUAGACAGAUUAAAUCCUUCUUGGAAUGAUGAAAAAACAAAUGAUAAUAUACAAUUUUUAAAAGCUAUUGAUUUAGUUGGAGAAGAAUUUAAUUAUGCUGUACAUAAUUGUAUAAAUGUAUGGUUGCCUGCAAGAUACAUUGUAGAAAAUGCUGUAGCAAAUAGAUUUCAGAUCGAUAAAAGUGGAGAAAUCAUAGAACUAGAAAAGUUUGCACCAUGGCAGCAACAUUUAGUGGAGAUAGAAAAGGAGAAAAAUAUAAAACCUCUUAUAAAAUAUGUAAUCUUUAAGGAUGUAAAAACAGAAUAUAGAGUUAGAGCAAUUCCUGUAAAACCAUCAAGUUUUAUAUGCAGGAUGUUUUUGCCAGAAAAAUGGGCAGGUUUAAGAACAAAAGAUCUUGAAGCAGUCAAUGGAAUUAGUGGUAGCAUAUUUGUACAUUCAGUUCGUUUCAUUGGAGGUCAUAAAACUAGGGAAGGUGCAUUAGAGAUGGCAAGAAAAGCUCUAGAAAUAGGAAAAAAUGAACAAAUUAAGUUAAAAAAAAAAGAGAUAAACAAAUAACAAAUUCAUAUUUCACGAAUUGCUGAUUUAAGUAUUAUAAAUAAAUCAUUUUAUGAAAAUGAAUUGGAAUAAAUUAAUAAGACCGAAAAUUAUUCAGAAUAUAAUAUAGCGGUUUUAAAAUGACAGUCGUUAAAAGUUCGAAGUGAAGAUUUCUAUUCGUGAGACGAUCAUCUUCUCCAAAUUAAAGCUAUAAAUUGACAGAAUUUCUAAGGAACGAGAUUUUUACAAUUAAUAUUAUAAAAGUAAAAAAUGAUAUUUAUUUUACAAUUAAAUAAAAAGUAAUAGAAAUAUAUAUAAUAAUACAGGAAAAUAAAAUAUAAUUAGUAAUGGUGAUCGUAUUGUAAAAGUGAUUGAAUACAUAAUAAUUUAUAUUGUUGUUCGAUUGUCUUCACUGUUCUUAGUUAUCCUGCUCGUUUUCAAUGAUAAAUUUUACAUUUCUAAAUAGAACAGUAAUGUUGUGAUAUGGCAAUGUAACAACGUUGAAGUAUCGUAGUAACGUUUGCAAAUAUUAGGAACCAUACGGCAUGAAUUAUUUGACACAGCAUUUGCCGACAAAUUUUUCAAAAGUAACAAUAAAAAAUGCUUCAAUUAACUCUGAGUUAAUUCUAGUUAGAAUAAUUUCUCUUAAUAUUAAUUAUUUUAUAAAAGCUAUAUUUGUACGUUAACGAUCUUAGCCAAUUAUAUUUUAACAUAAUGAAUUGUAGUAUAUUUUUUAAAAUUAAGUUUGACUUUACACGUUUAAUACUUAAUAAAAAAUUAUGUACUUCAGAUCUAUGUAUUUGAUCACGUCAAAUUAUAUAUUUGAUUUAUUGUAUGUAUUUGAUUACAUAUACGGAUAUGUAUUUGCAUAUUGUUUUUUUAAAAGUAUUAUUAGAUUUGUCGUAUUUUUAAUAUUUUUAAUUUUAUCAAUCUUGUUAUAAAGAUUUACGAUUAUAUUUCAUAAUAUUUUGUAAAUAGUACGAAUGUCAUAAAAUGAAAAUAUAUGUUGAAAGAAAUGAUCACUGAUAAUGAUGAAGAAAAGUAUAUAUAUGUACAUUGUGCACGGAAUUAUAAAUAAUAUAAUUAAAAAAUAAAUACACAUGUAUUUACA